GUAAUUGAUUCAUCAACUUUAGUAUGAAGUGAAUGUUAUUCUCGUUUUGAGUAUUAAUGAAAAAAAACAAAGAAAGUUAAUUGAAAUAUAAUAAAGAGAAAUAAAUAUAUUACAGUAAGAAGUGUGUAUCCAUUUGUUUUAUUUCAAAUAAAAGUAAUACUGUCAAAAAUAAAAAUAAUAAAAAAAAAUAUUCUAUUCCUGUGAUGAAGAACAAAACAAAAUUCAUUGAAAGAAAGAUAUAUUGAAAGAAAUUUCAUAGCUGCUACGUAGGCGAAUAUUUUCUUUUGAGAAUUAAAAUAUCAUGAAAGUUUUAUUAUAAAUUAUUUGGACCUCACUAAAACAAAUAUUUCAACUAGUAUUCAUGCUUGCUGAGGCAAAAUCAGCUUGUUUUUUUAAUUUUCUGGAAAGUAAUUUCGACUCAUCUUUGAUUAAAAAGCUUAUCAAUCUGAGUACAGCACAUGUUGCAGAUGAUUUAAAAAUAAACGUGAUAAAACAAAUUGAUUCUUCAUUUGUUUACACGACUACUGUGUCAAAGUCUUCCUGAUGUUAAGACUGAAAUAGUUUAUUAAGUAAAUUUUUUAUUAACAAAUCUUUUUACAUUUGAUAUAUUUCAAAGUCAAAAAUAACUUGUGAACAUCUAAAUUAAAAAUAAUUAGUAAAUAAGAAAAAAAAAAACAUGGAUAUCUUAAUAAACACUCCAAAUAAUGUAUCCAAGACGUUGCUGAUGAAAGAACGUUUUCAUUUAGAACAAUUUUAAAUAACAAAUAUUUUAUGAGAGAUCAAUGAUAUAAAUCAUCGAAAUAAAUAAAAUAUCUGACUUUAUAUCAUUCUAAGUUUUCAAUCGAUAAAAUCGACAGGUCAAAUAAGCAAGAGCAGUGUUCAUAAUGAAAAUCUAAAAUAAAAUGUACGGUACACCCUAUUUUAUAUGAACACAGUGUAUAUCAGAGCUCUGCGUAGGAUGAUAUGGGACAUCUCAAUUGUCAAAUACCUUUGAAGAAGUUUAAUUUAUUCAAGACUUAUCGAUGGACUGAAACUAUGAAACAUUAUAUUAUUUCAUCUUAUAUUUUAUAAUUUUAUAAUAAUCAGGUUCAUAGUUUGUUUUUUCUUCAUUUAGAACGAACAUAAAAAAAUAUCAUUCUCUUUAUGAAUGUAAGAUUUUAGAAAAUAGAGAAAAAGAAAGUAAUACAUAGUGUAGUCAAAAAGUUCUCGUAAUAGUACUCUAAAAUUUCAUCCUGAUGUUGGCCUAUUUUAGCAGUGAUAUCUGUUAUGUGUUAAAAUACCAAUACGAAGUUUCACAAGCGUUUAUUAUGACAAAUCUUUAAUCAAUUUUCUCAACACCUCUGUUUUCAGAUACAUAAACUUUAUAUUCGCUCAUAUAUAGAAACUCAUUGGUUAUUAGGUUUAAAUGCCACACAAAUUCAUGAUGAAUUAACUGCUGCUUAUGUACAAGGUGUUGUUUCAUAUAGUGCAAUUGCUCAUUGGAUUGAUCGAUUUUUAAAUGGACGAGAGUCGUUGGAAGAUAAUCCUCGUAAUGGUCGUCCAAUAACUGUCAUUACUAAACAAAAUAUUGAUGUGGUCCAAGACCUGGUGAAUGAUGAUCCACAUAUUAGUAUUGAUUAUGUUACUACCAUCUCAGAUAGA